AUGCACAAUACACGACUUCCAAUGUAUAUAGACAAAAAACUUCACCAUUUCAUUUCGGAGCCGUGGUGGAAAAAUACAAACAACGAGGUUGUGCAAUUCCUGCAUGACGAACUUCCGUUUCAAUGGCCAUGGGGAUAUACCAUCUACCGCACCGUUUAUACACCAGAAUCUAACCAGCAUUGGGAUGCCCUUCUCGAAGCAAUAUCCAAGAGUAUCUACAGAAGCUUAGAUGAGGAUGAGCCGUCCCGGAUCUUCCAGGAGGGAUACCGCCCCCUAGCUUUUGAUGACUCCGCUCAGUUCAACGGCGCAACGCUAGACAAGAUCCGUAACCAUUUUAAGGAAGUCCGGGAGAGCGAUAACGGACAUCAGGGGGUUCGAUUUCGGUGGUGUUUGGUUAUUGAUGAAGCUGCUUUACAAUCCAUCAUCCGCCACCCUGGCUGGGUCACAGUGGUGGACCCAAACUACCAAGAAGACAGCAGUUGCAACACGGAAUACUACCUCGGAUAUUUCCGCUUAUAUCUGAAAUAUCUCUAG